AUGUGCCUAUCGUCUGGAUUUUCUCUCGUCUCACUACACGACAAUCUACAAUCGAGCAUCAUGAGCGGACGCGGCAAAGGAGGAAAAGCAAAGAGCGGCAAAUCGAAGACCCGGUCGUCCCGUGCCGGACUCCAGUUCCCGGUCGGUCGUAUCCAUCGUCUGUUGAGGAAGGGCAACUACGCCGAGCGCGUCGGUGCCGGCGCUCCCGUGUACCUGGCCGCCGUCAUGGAGUACUUGGCCGCUGAAGUGUUGGAGUUGGCCGGUAACGCCGCCCGUGACAACAAGAAGACCCGUAUCAUCCCCAGACAUUUACAGUUGGCCAUCAGGAACGACGAGGAGUUGAACAAACUGUUGUCCGGCGUCACCAUCGCCCAAGGUGGUGUGCUGCCCAACAUCCAGGCCGUCCUUUUGCCCAAGAAGACCGAGAAGAAAGCUUAAGAACGUCGUCGCCGUAUUUAUACAUAUUAAAACGGCCCUUUUCAGGGCCACCAAAUAUUAACUA